AUGAGUGAAGAUGUUCGUAGUCGAUGUCGUGAUUGUGCGAUUCAAUUAUAUUUAACUAAGUAUGAAUGUGUUCAAAGUAUUCAACGUUUAUUACAGCAACAACAAGAAAUUGAUGAAUGUAUAGCAAAUUUGCAUGAUACCAAAACACAUGCACAAGCCAUCAAUGAACAGGUUUAUGUUUUAGAUGAAUCGUAUGCACGAAAAUUUUGUCAAUAUCUCUUCUGUGGUUAUAAAACGGAACAACUUCGAUUGUAUGAACAAUCAGCAGAAUUAAUUAAGAAUAAAGAAUUAGAUGAUCAAAACUUAUUGAUAUUACCAUUUCCACAAGCAACAAUGAUAACAACCAAUGGAAUCAAGACGAAUAUAGAAAAUACUCGCUGUUCAUUACUAGACAGAGAUCGUGAUUUAAGUCAGUUAUCGGAUUAUCUAUUAAGUUUAAAACUGGAUCGAACUUAUGAGUUUAAAAGUGAAGAAGAAUUUCAGAAAACAUUAAAUGAUGAAUAUACAGUAUUGUAUGAUUUGGCAAAAACAAUAACAAAAUGUGUUCAAAUUAUACACGACGCUGUAUUUCAUUUAAGUAACGAUAUUAAUGUAGUACAAAAUCAUAUGAAUGAUGCAAAUCCAAGAAUAAAACAAAUGUUAGCGAUGCGAGAAUUAGCAUCUAAUUUUUAG